UCUUUAGUCAUAUUAAUGCAUUCUAUUAAGAUGGUAGGAAGGAAACUUGCAUAUGCGAUAUUAUUGGUUCUUAUGCUGUUCCAUGGAUUCAAAUACUCAUCAGCAUUAGUCGGGAACCAGGAUGCAGAUGCUACCAUGACCGGGAUGAGGUGCAUAGAGAGGGAAAGGCUGGCUCUUCUUGCUUUCAAGCAAGGCCUCAUGGUUGAUAUCAAGAGGGAAAUACUUACUUCAUGGGGUUCAGCAAUAGAUUGCUGCAGUUGGGAAGGAGUCUACUGCAACAACCAGACUGGACAUGUCAUUCAACUUCAUCUUCAUUACAAAUUUUUACAAGGUACUGUAAGUCCUAAACUCAUUGAAUUGCAGCAGUUGGAGUAUUUGGAUCUCAGUCUAAAUGAUUUCAAUGGGAGCCAAAUUCCAGAGGUCAUUGGUUCUCUGCCCAAUUUAAGAUACCUUGACCUAGGUUGGGCCAGUUUUGGUGGUCGAAUUCCAUAUCAGCUUGGAAACCUUACUAAACUGGAACAUCUGGACCUCAAUUUUAAUCCCCUUCUUCAUGCAGAUACCCUCAGUUGGCUUACUCCUCUUUCUUCUAUAAACUACUUAGACUUGUCUUUCACAAACCUCAGUAAAGUUUUCGAUUGGCUGGAAACAAUAAACAAACUCCCUAGUUUAAGAAACCUGACAUUGUCAAUUUGCGAUCUUCCUCCUCCAAUGUCUUUCACUCUUUCCCUCCUUAAUGCUUCCAAAUCACUUGCUAGAAUUGAUCUUUCUGGCAACUAUGGUGUUGUCACUCCUUCAACACUGAAAUGGUUGCGCAACUACAAUUCCACCCUUUCUCAUCUUACCCUUUCUAGCACUGGUUUAAGAGGUUUGGUUCCCACUGCCUUGCACAACAUGACCUAUCUCCAACAUGUUGGUCUAAGUUUCAACCAACUUGAAGGAGAGAUUCCGCAUUCAUUUGCUAAGUUGUGUGGCUUGCAGGGCUUGUAUAUUAAUCAAAAUAAUCUCAGUGGACAGAUUUUUGAUUUUGUUCAAAUAUUGUCUACAUGUCCUCAAAGUUCAUUGAAAGAUUUAUAUCUAGAUGGGAACAAGUUAACUGGAACAAUACCUCACAGUAUUGGCCAAAUGUCCAAGUUAGAGGUCGUCCGUCUUGGUAAUAAUUCCUUUGAAGGGGUGAUCACACAAACUCAUUUCUCAAAACUCUUCAACCUAAAGCAAUUGGAUUUGUCCUCUAAUUCACUAGCUUUAGACUUCCAUUCUGACUGGAUUCCCCCUUUUCAAUUGAAAUUUAUAUUGUUGGGGUCUUGCAUGAUGGGGCCUCACUUCCCAGAAUGGAUUCGAACUCAAAAUAAUGUUGUUCAGCUUGAUAUUUCUAAUGGUGCAAUUGCGGGUAUCCUUCCAAGUUGGUUUUGGGAUUUAUUCAGUAAUGUAUUGACUAUGGAUCUUUCAAGCAAUCAACUUGAGGGAACAAUUGCAGAUUCAAGUGUGAGGUUUGCAUAUAAUCCUCAAGUAAAUUUUAGUUGGAACCAGUUCGGAGGACCAGUCCCUUCAUUUUUUACAAGUGCAUCAUCUCUAGAUCUCUCCAACAACAAAUUCUCAAACUUGGAGUCUUUCUUGUGUCCAACGAACUUGAGUUAUUUAACGUUCCUUGACCUUUCGAGCAACCACUUAUCUAGUGAUCAACUUCCAGAUUGUUGGAUUCAUUUUGAACGUCUACGCUUUCUUGAUUUGAGUAACAAUACUUUAUCUGGAAGAAUUCCUACAACAAUGAGCACGUUGUCUUCCAUCAACACUAUGAAGCUAAAUAACAACAGAUUUUGGGGAGAAUUGCCUUCAUCCUUAGAUAACUGCACAAAAUUAGGACUCAUUGACCUUGGAGAAAACAAUUUCUCAGGCUUGAUACCUAAAUGGUUAGGUGUUGGACUUCCAAAUUUGACUGUUAUUAUCCUAAGGUCUAAUCACUUUAAUGGUACCAUGCCAUUAGAGUUAUGUCAUCUAGCAUUCAUCCAAAUUUUGGAUUUCUCUGUGAACGAUUUAUCUGGAAGUAUACCAGAAUGCCUCAACAAUUUGACUACUUUGGCAACAAAAGGAUAUACUAGUCUGACCAUCCACAAUACAUUCACGUCCUCUGGUUAUAAUAAUUUGGUUGGUUUCGCUGGUGAUUAUGACAAUGAAGUAUCUUUCAUAUGGAAAGGAACAAUGUCCAAAUACAAGACCACUCUGGGACUGGUAAAGAGAAUUGAUCUCUCAAGCAAUAAAUUGACGGGACAAAUUCCAAGUGGUAUCACCACUCUUGUGGGGUUGAUUUCAUUGAAUCUGUCAGGAAACUUUCUUAAAGGAGAGAUCAGUCAAGACAUUGGCAAGCUGCAGUCAUUAGAUUCUCUUGAUUUAUCAAGCAAUCAGCUAGAAGGAAGAAUUCCCAUCAGCCUUGCUUGGAUAUAUCAACUUAGUUUCUUGAAUUUAUCCUAUAACAACCUGUUUGGAGAGAUUCCAAUUGGCCCUCAGCUCCAAACAUUUGAUGCAGCUUAUGAAGGAAAUCCUCAACUGUGUGGACCUCCACUACAUAAGGCAUGUCCUCAAGACGAUACAAAUCCGCAUACCUUGGAAGCUGAUGAUGAACUUAUAACGAAGGAAUUUUACUUCAGUAUGGGGCUUGGGUUUGUUGUUGGAUUCUGGGGAGUUUGUGGGAGUUUGAUUUUCAACAGGUCAUGGAGGUAUGCGUACAUCAAGUUCAUAACUGAUAUAAAAGAUUGGUUCUGCCGCCUUUGCCUGAGGCUAGUUUUGAUCAGCCGGCGUCUAAAGCAUAUGCUUCUGCUUCAUAUAUAGUACAUCCUGAGCAGGGCCAGCUUCUUGUAAGCCAAUUAAGUAGCUAGAACAUGCACACUUCUUCUCAGUUAAAGAGUACAGAGGUUCAAUCACUUUAAUGCACAUGUAUAAACAUAAACGUACGCACUUUCACUUAUAAUAUUCUUCACUUAUAUUUUGAUGUUGUACACUUUCAUUUAUUUUCUCUAUCUUUCCUUGUGAGUUGGGAGGUUUGUUGAGUUUUCUGCUUUUUUUUGUUUGUUUUUUGUUUUGUGAUUUCUACUGUUACUGUUACUGUAAUAACUAUAUUGGAGGACUCUUCAAACUAAUUACAGUUUGGCAUACAA